GUGCUUGAUUGAAGUUUUCAUCGGUACAUGUGUUUACAUCGAAUCCAAUUACAUCUAUACCAGUGACAGCUAAAUGCGUCAGUAUCCGCUACACAGCUGCAUAACGAUCUUGUUACGGUGGAGUCAACGGAGCAUUUGUCUGCUGGGAACUGCUUUCAAAAAUAGGCCCAUACGUCGGUACAUUGCAAGUAGAAGUUUGCAAAAGUAGCAUCUGCGGCUCAAGCAACAACAUGGACAUUGCGAGCGAGAGUCGGAUAAUUAUUCCUCGGAUCAGACCGUCUUGCAUACAGUGUCAGCGAUCCAAGAAACGGUGUGACCGGGGAAAGCCACACUGCUCUGCAUGUAUACGAUACGGAAGAGAAUGCGUAUACGUCUUGAGAGAUGACUCAGCAUCAAUGUCCAGCGUGGAAAACGCAUCCUUGUCACCUGUGAAAGCCGCCCAAGAGAGUGAAGAAAGCUCCCACGCAGUCUUCUUUCUCGACUCUGUCCUAUUUCGACGCUCCAUGAAUCGACUACCAGAGCUGGAACUUAGUUUCACAGACCCACUACUGAGCUUUAUUGGAGACUUUACAUCCGACAGAGACUUUGUCCACUUGUACUUCUCGACUAUUCAUCCAUCGAUGCCAUUUUUAUCAAAGAAGAAGUUUACAGAGAGGAUACUAAAUCCUCUCAGUCCUCCACGACCAGCAAGUAUACUCCUCAUUGCUACAAUGAAGUUACUAGCAGAUCAGCGUCCAGAACAGGGGCCGCGGUGCAGAGCUUAUUACUCAAUAAAAAGCAGUCUCUUGGAAGCAGAGAGCUCAUGUAGUCUGGAGCUACGCGUAUUGCAAGCCAUUAUUUUGAUGGCCGUAUUUGAAGUUGGGCAUGCUAUUUAUCCAGCUGCAUAUCUCACUGUUGGCUACUGCGUACGAUAUGGAAAUGCGCUGGGUCUCCAUAAAGCUGUGGAACACUAUUCUGAAGAGGGCUUCAGUGUUACAGAGUCAGAAGAGCGGCGAAGAAGCUGGUGGGCGAUUCUCGUCUUAGAUCGUUAUAUGAACCUAGGAUGUGUUGAUAGAGCAUUCCUUACGGCAGACCCAAGUAAGAAGAGCAUACUUCCCAUUGACGACGCUAUAUGGGAAGAAAAUAGAGAGAUAAAUGCCCCAGUGCGCAGACUCUUUGAGCCACCAACAACGGCAAUGGGUCGGUUCUCUUUGACGGCGCAAUCUGCAAUCCUGUUAGGAAACGUCUUUCGCAGCAUACAUGAGCCUCCCUUUUCCGAGGCAUUCUGGCAAAACGAUGUUAAAGUACUCGAUAGCACGCUCGUUGCGCUGACGAGCGUGUCACUAGAGGAGGGCCGCCAUCGUGGAAUUGGAGUAUGCAGUCCCUCUACAAUCUGCUAUAGUGCUCGUCUGCUUCUACAUGAUAAAGAAAGAUAUGCCGUGGACGAGUUUCCAUUUGCCGCAACGGAGGACUUUAUACCCCAAGACUUUAAACGUGAUAUUGCAGAUGGUAUGCUGCAACUAGCUGAGGCUAUACACUCUGGCAGUUGCUCUCCAGAUGAGAUUACUCCAUUGUGCCUUGAAUCAAUAUACAGAUCGGCUGUAUUUUUUGGACGGGAGUAUUCCCGUACAGGUACAUUAAGUGAGGCAGCAUCAUGUGCAGCGAUCAAGGGGGCUCUCGAUGUUAUUGGCAAGAGGUGGAAAGCUGCUUCUGUGUACGCUCAAAUGAUUGAUGCACGAAUGGUCACCGGAAUUCUAUGAGCAUUUUAUGAUUCUUGCUCCAUAGAGAAGAUGAUAUAUAUAUGAAUGCUUCGGCAGUGAUACAGAAUUA